UUAAGUAUUCUUGCCAUCCACAUGAAGAACAAUUUGAAUCUACCGGAUUUCUUAUGAGUGUAAGCUUUUCGAUUCACAGUGUGUUCUCCAGUAAAGCCUGAACAUUAGGAUGAAGAUUACGAUGGGAAGCUUCUCAUCUGGAGAACAAUACAGCGUCGUUGACUCUGUGAAGGAAGAGAGUGAAGAAGAGCAGCAGCUGCUGGUGGUUAAAGAAGAGGUUCCUGAUGCUGCUGGUUCCAGUUUGGACCAGCAGAACCUCACAUGUUACCAGGUGAAGAAGGAAGAGGAAGAACAGUGGAUCAGUCAGGAGGUAGAGCACCUUACUGUGAAGAAAGAAGAAGAAGAGAAACCUCAGUUGACAAAAGUUCAUCGCAUCAAAAGUGAAGACAGCAGAGAGACAGAAGCUCCAACCAGCAGCUCAGCUGAACAGAUGAAAACAGAAUCUGAUGGAGAGAUCAGUGGAGGACCAGAACCUGACAGAGAGCCGGAUCCAAGUACUACUUUACAGCCAAAUAUUGAAGAAAGUCAUUCGGCCUCUUUUGAGACUGAAGUCAGUAAUGAGAGUGAAGAGGACAAUAUAUCAGGUUCUGGAUCUGAAACUGAAGACAGUGAUGAAGACUGGAGGGAACCCAGAACAUGUCAGUCUGGUGUAAACAGCAAAGUGGAACGUAAAGCUGCCAAGAAGGCCUUCAGCUGCACUGACUGCGGUAAACAGUUUGUGAGGAAACAGAUGUUCCAGAAACAUCUGGCAGGUCAUUCAGGAGAAAAGUCUUCCAGCUGUUUGGUUGAGAAGAAUCACUCUAAAAGGAAGCGGAAUGGGGAUUCACAGACGAGACUCGAUCCAGGAAGGAAAUCCUUUUCUUGUGAUGAUUGUGGGAGAACAUUUCAGAAGCAAGCUGCUCUUAAAUCCCACAUGAGAAUACAUCAUGGUAAAAAAUUUGUUGUUUGUAAAGAAUGUGGUAAAAGCUUUUGCUCUCAGGAUGAAUUAAAAAAUCACUGGAGAGUCCAUGCUGGAGAAAAACCCUUUGCCUGUGAUAAAUGUGGCAAAAGGUUUAGCCGUAAGCAUAACCUUAAAAGUCACAUGGUAUGCCACAGUAAAGAAAAACCAUUUGCCUGUGAUAAAUGUGGCAAAAGGUUUAGCCGUAAGCAUAUCCUUAAAAGUCACAUGGUAUGCCACAGUAAAGAAAAACCAUUUGCCUGUGAUCAGUGUGAUAAAAGGUUUACCAGGAAGACAUCCCUUAAAAUUCACAUGACCAUCCAUAAGCGAGAAAAACCAUUUGCAUGCAGCGACUGUGGCAAAUGCUUCAGAGUUGCAGGUGAACUAAAAAGCCACAUGGUAACCCACUUAGAUGUAAAACCAUUCAUUUGUGGGUAUUGUGGUGGCAGAUUUACUCGUAAAGCAAGUCUGCGCCUGCAUGUUAGACACCACACUGGGGAGAAUCUGCUGCCAUGUGAUAAAUGUGAUAAAAGGUUUGCUCAGAAGUCUGACCUUCUGAAACAUAUGCGAUUUCAUGCAAAAGUGGAGAAUGUGUGGUCUGGAAAGGAUUGCUUUGCUUGUGAAGAAUGUGGAAGAAUGUUUGUCCAGAAGAGCCAUGUUGAAAGACACAUGGUUAUUCACACUGGAAAGGAUCGAUUUAGAUGCAAUAUUUGUUUGAAGAAGUUUACUAGAGCUGAGAAUCUGAAGAAUCACAAACGGAGAAAACACAGUGAAUAGAGAUGUCAGUUCAUUUGGGAAGAUUUUCUCCUACAAUGCCACAGCAGGUUGCAUUUUCAGGGUUUCCCCCAGUGUAUCAUAGGCCUGGUGGCCCGCCAUACUUUACUAGCCCCACCGCCAGGCUAAGCCUUUCUUGUUUAUGUUUUUAGGAAAAUAAUAAUAAUUUAAAAAAAUUAUGCUUUUUCUAAAAAAAAAUUAUUUUAAAGCCGGAUUGCAAACGUCUCUGUUGCUCUGAGCGUUUCACUGGCGCAGCAUUGUAAAAAAUGUAUUUCAGAAAGAUUUGUUUAUAGAAGACAAGUUUUUUUGUUUAUGCAUUUAAAGCCGGACCAAUCACAUCGCUGGCGCCUCUGUGCGUUGCCUCGCGCGCUGCUGCGGCCGGAUGUCUUGAGUUUUCCUCAGCGCGUAUUGCGGGCCUAGCAAGUUUUCUGGGGGAAACCCUGAUUUUGUUUCCUUUUAAUUAGGAUUAAUGUUAAUAUUUUUGCUUUGACUGACCCCUUCCUGAUUUCCUUUUAUGUCACACUUCAGUGUUUUCUAAUUCUAAAGCUUUGGGACUCGAUCAAACCACAGGGAUUGCCUUUAUCCACAAAUUGUGAAAACAGGGGACAGUGGGGAACCCUCCCAGGACGACUGACCAAAAUUACCCCAAGAGUGCAACAACAACUCAUCCAAGAGGUCACAAAAGACCCCAUAACAACAUCUAGAGACCUGCAGGCUUCACUUGACUCAGUUAAAGUCACAGGUCAUGCCUCCAGCAACAGAAAGAGAUGGAUGGAAAUUACCUUCCAUCCAUCCAUCCAUUUUCUAACACCGUUUUCCGUAGUGGGGUCCGGAAGGCUGCUGGUGUUUAUCUCCAGCUAACGUUCUGGGCGAGAGGCGGGGUAGAACCUGGACAGGUCGCCAGUCUGUCACAGACAGAAAUUAUUGAGUUCCAAAUUGAAAACCAAUGCUGAACAAUAAGAACAUUAAGACUUGUCUUAGUUUUUCCAGAGCACAUCAUUAUUAUCUCCCAGAAAACAAUGACAGCAUGGGUUGCUAGUUACUAUUUGGUUAAAGAAGUUCAACACAGUUCUCUGUAACCUUCUUAUUUUGUGACUGUACAAUAUAUUUCCAUUUAUGACUGACGCUAAAUUUGAGGUUUUUCUGAUCUGUAAGAAGUAAUCAUCACAAAUACAACA